CAUCCGCGGCCACAGGAACUUACUCAAGACAGAGUAAUAAACAGAGAUCAAAUCAUAAUCAGUCGUUACCUUCAAAAAAUUAUUUAACGUAAGUUAAAUUUUAUUUGUAUAAAUGUUUUAGGGUUUCGUAGAUUCUGGUUUAUGCUUUUAUUUUAGAUAAGAGAUUCAAUUUUUUCUAAAUUAAAAAUUCUAUAAUACACUUCAUCAUAGUGGAAGCUACUGUGUUCACUAUGUAUGGAAAUUUGCAUUCAUCAUUGUGCACGAAGUCAUACAUGAUCGUAGAGUAGGUUCGUAUAUUUGCUUUACUUGGAUUAAUUCUGUUCACUCGCGAACUCUUAUCGCGAACUUAUAGUAGUAAGAAUUAAUAAAGAAACUCACGUGAGUCCCGCCCGCUUUCAUCGUUAAUGUAAUCGGAAAUGUCUAAAGAUAACUUGACCAUUACAGUUAAAUUUAUGCUUGAGACUAAAAGGACAUAGACGCUGUUUUUUUUCUAUAUAUAUAUAUAUACCGUAUGUAUGUAUAUAUGACCAUCAUAAAAGUAGCAUAUGACUUCUAAAAGCUAUUCUUUUUCUCUAAUAUGCAAUUUAAGUGUAAUCAGUUAAGUGCAUUCAUAUACACAAACAUUAAAAUUCAUAUAUACGCUCACAUAUAGGUAUAUAUUUGUUGUAAUUACUUGCUUAAUAUAAACAGUAACAAAAAGUGUUUUGACGCCGUUCGUCAGGCGUUCCUAUUAUUCUCUUUAUCUUUAUAAACAUUUGCACUCUUUUCUAUAGACUAACAGGCGGACAAGCGGACAGGCAGACCGGCACAAUUUACUCACGAAUGUAAAUAAACAAAAACAGAAAGAGAUAAAUUAUUUAAAAUAUUUAUAGUUUGCGACGAAUUUUCGAUACGCACGCCUUUAGUACGAUUUUUAUUUAAUAACUUAAAGGGCAUUGAAAUAUAUUUGGGUUCUUUUUGUUCGGCUAAUAACUACGACUCGGGCGUAACUACAAUCGAACUGCAUUUUAUUUUUAAGCUCAAGUAUUGUUUCAAUCGUUUAAAGUUUCCAUCAUUUACUUGCUUGCUACAUAAAUUGCUUUAAUUUUCAGGUCACGGUAGGCGUUUCGAUCCAAAGUUCGUUUACGCGCUUCUUUUCAUACGUUUCAAAAGUGGUAUAAAUGAAUCAGUUCCCCUUUGAUACGAGCCAGGUAAGAGUUUUGGUGUAUCGUGAGUGCGAUAGUCGAGGUAGACGACUUUUAUUCGAUUCCCGUGCCUUGGAAAAGGUUUAUUCGACUGAUGAAAAAAAUGUAUUAAGGAAAACAAAUGCAUUCAAAAUGACAGAUCAAAAGCCUAAAAGAUGGUCGGGAGCUAGCACGUGUGGCAAUUUUAUCGAAAUAUGCAAAGAAUAUGGCUACAGGCAUAAUCGGCCUGAUUCAGUUGACAUUACAAGUAUUGGCGAGAUGGUUUUUGGAGCAUUGGCUAUGUCAUUUCGGGGUACUUCACUGAAAGUACAUUGGUUACAGAAUCCAGCUAGGAUGCUGUGCUCUCAAGUAUUUUAUGCGCCGAUCCGUCCUUCAAAGAGACCGUCUCCGUUUCUAACAAUAUCUGGACAAAAAAAUAUGGCCACAGCCCGGCCGUCGGUACCUACUGAGCAAGAUACCGCGGAUGGUAUAUCAAUGAAUUCGUUUUCGUUGUCAUUUGCAGCAGGCGUGCCCCAACAUUCGCAUUUAAUGUCAAAUGAUUUCUAUUCAACGAUGUCCAUGCCAUAUGAUACGCCAUCACUUGUAGAUCAUGAAUGUAGUAUAGGCAGUGGACCUCGUUUAUCGUCCACUUAUAGCACUGUUACUGAUUCGGGCUAUUCAGCAUCAAGUCGUGGGCAAAUUCCAAGUGAUCUUUGGUCGUCUUCCUACCAGUAUUCGAUUAGGAGUAGCAUAGGCUCAGUGAUGUCUGAUCAGUUUGAUAUCUAUCGUAAGCUAAGCAUGGACAUCAAUUACUUUCCGGAUGGUUCAGAUUCAAGUAAUUUAUCGCUUUUAGCUAGUGAUGGUAAUUUACAAAGACGCAUUUCACGCAACAUGAUCACUUCUUUCGAAAAUGAGAAUUCAGUGAAUGAUUUUAUUGGAUUUUUAAGUGACAAUUACGUGUACGCUACCCAAGGUGGUAGUGAGGGUGGUAAUUUGAGGAUUAAUCCACGCUGUAAUAGUUGCGGUGCGAAUGAAUCUAGAAGUAAUCCCGAAAUGGGCCGUAAAGAAGAUUUUGUUGGAGUUAUGAAAUCAGGUUCUAGAAGAGCAAGGAUUGGUUUAGCCGUUUGCAUCGAUUUAAGUGAAUCUUUCGAGGAUGAGAUGGAGUUAUUUUGCAAUGAACACGUUGCCUUGCUAGAAUCAAUGCUAAGUCGUAUUCGUGUGCACACGGAAAGAGCCUAUAUUCAUCAUAAGGAUUUCCUACAAAUUAUGUGUCAAGUUUGGCAAGACACUCAACAAUGGUUCGAGGAUCUGUUCAAAGCGCCCCGCCUCAAAACUCCGAUAUGGUUGACUAUUACAACGAGUGGUAGCAAAUAUUCGAAAAGUGUGGCAGAACAUUUCAUAAAAGAGUUAUGUUGGCUUUUAACAUAUGCCGAUACCAAGGACACCAAUUUUUUCAUAAGUACAACAUUAACUGCCGUACUUACACACCACUUGGGAUGGGUGGCUACUGUAGCACAAUUCAAUUCAUCAUCGUCUCAUUCGGAAUCUAAAACCGCCGCUAUGAAACAGCGGGCCAGGCUGCGUCAGGUCUCGCAAAAGCAUCCAUAUAAUGCUUUGUGGGCACAAAUGGGAGAUCUCUUUGGAGCUACAGGUAUACCACCUAAGUUGGCGCGAACAAUCAUUUACGGAACUGAGAAAUUAUCUAUUGAACGUUUGCUAAAUAUACUAACGUAUUUUAUACGUUGCGCGGAAGUACGACGUUCAACCAAAAAGGAAUAUCUCGACAAAGACACCGUCUACGAUAUUAUCGCGCGAAACAAAACAGAAAUUGAAGAGAAAACUAAUCAAAGUUUCAAUAAGUGUACAAACACAUCUCAAGAUAUCAAUGAAGGACGGUUAAUAAGAACGCGGACUUGUACGCAACAUCUUAGCACAUUAAAUAAAGCAGAUACAGAAGAAGAUAAACGAAUCGCAAGUGAACAACAUACUAAUGUCAAUAAUGAACCGCAAUUAUUGCGCAGCAAUAAAAGGAAUGAAAUUCCUAAUGUGCUGGCGUAUAGAGAGUCGCGUUUUGUACAACAGGAAUUGCGUAUCGGUAACUAUCUGAUGGAUACGGGUAUCGAAAAGAGAUCGUUGCAACAAUUGCAAGAAGAAAGACUGAGCGAUUACAGCGUCGCCGAAGCGAAUAAAGUAGAUGAACAUAUACGACGAUUGACGACACAAACCAAACGCGAAGAUACUGAAUUACUUGCAAGAAAUGAUGAAUUUUGCGGUAAUGGGGCUUUGGAAGCCAUAGAAAUGGAUAAUAUGACAUUAGAGGCAGCUGACAAUCAAGUGUUUCCAGAGCAACCAGAGCAACCAGAGCAUAAAAGCAAAUUAAAAAUGUCAUUCUGGGGUGUGGGCUCAGUAAGAGUUCGAGAAGGUCUUAGUUUAAGUGAAAUGAAUAGACUGCAAUCAAGCGUAUCCGACGAAAAACGGAAUAAUUCUAAAAUGACGAAGGGAAAAAAAGUUGAUGAAAAUGUGGAACAACCUCAAACGCAGAAAAUAUGCCUAUCCGAUCUGAUUACCCAAAACAGUAUUGGGAAAAGUAAUCGUAUGACAUGGGGUAUCGAACCCAUCAAGGAAAAUGUUAGCUUAGAAGAGCAAAUACAUUUUGAUUUUUGUCAAAAACUCAUUGAACGUGAUCAUGGCACCUGUCGCGUUAAAGAUAAUGGGAAAGGUGUUGUAUUCGUUCUGGGUGAUAAUGAGCCCUUGCUUAAUAUAAAACAAACAAGUAACGAAGAUCUUACAAUGAAAUUGACGAAGGAAAUCGACGACGAUCCAAUCGGCGAGGACGAGCAAUUGUUAUGCCCUUUGCAUGCUCAUGCUUCGGGACAAAUGAAAAAUUAUUCUGCAGUUAAAUUCAAUUUCGAACAGUAUCCGCAAAUUGCAACGAAUUACAUGAAAAAUAAAAACAUAUUUAUGCCCACCUAUGAUACGCUCGCCGAAAAAUAUCAAAAAUCUCACAAAUCCGAAUCAAUGUCUACGCAUUGUGCGCAGAGUGACGCUGAUAAGAAAGCCAUUGCAUGUAGGAUCUGUAAUAGUCUACUAAACUCUUAUCAGACCCCGUCAAACGCAACUGAAUUAGAAUUUGAAACUGAUAAGGUUCAUGGCUUUGCAAGUAACGCUGCCGCAUCCCGUUUGAGUAAAGUUGGUUCUCAAGCCUCUCUAGAAACAUUGAUUUCACCGUCACACGAUAAUUUGCCAACACAGUCUAAAUUGGGUGCGAGAACAAUCGUUGAACAUUUCGGACAUUGUUCGCUUAGUCAAAAUUCUCAAAAAGUUGUCAAUGACGUUCAAGAGAAAAAUACAUCGGAACGUUCAGUUUCUUCGGUGGCAUCUAAACAUUCUGCCAAUCGGGAAACUAUACACUUAUUAGAAUUACCUUUGCCCAGCGUGAAGGACAUUCAACAACAGACCGAAUGCAGCGAAUGUAUAAAAAUACCGCCUGGCUUUGUUCCAUCGUUAUUUUUAAAUGUCAACGAUCAUUAUAUACCUGAUGUAGUGUUACAAGGUACAUUUGCAUCACCAAGCAAAUGGGAAAUUCAUUUACGUGAGGACUUGGCUUUAGCCUCACAUUCCGCCUCACUUAUUUCACUGCCCGCCGAAAAUGUUGCCAUCGUAGGCGACAUGGAGAAAUGGGAUGUUAAAUUAUUGUCAUCUCAAUCGCAAGGCUUCCCUUACGUGGGUGGACAAAGUGCUCCCGUAGGGAUGUCUCAAUUGGUCUCGUCUAUGUUGGAAACUGUGCAGACCAUGAAUACUGUUGGUAUAUCGCCUUACGAGUGCUUGUCUUUUAUUGAAUUUAAAUUGCAAGAAAUUUACUUACAUUCGGAAACUCUAGCCGCUUUUUUGUUGGAAACUGAUUUCUGUUCAUUGAACGCUGUCACUACUGCGCUAAAUCUUUCGGAAAAUGAUGUGCCCCUAUUGCUGUCUAUAGCGUCAAUACAUACACCGCAAAUUAGCAAGAAAUGCGGAAUCAGUUUUAGAUAACACACAUCCUAACGCAUGUCAUUAUCAUUAUAUUAAGUAUAUCGAUAAGAUGCAUAUUUCAAAUUGUAAAUAUCUACACAUUUUACGUAAAUUGAUACGUAUAAGAAUUACGGGUAAAUAGAUAAUAAGUAAUAAGUAAUAACAGUUCUUUGCUGAUGUUCUUGAAUACGAAUUUAAAAUUUUUCUCUAACAUGACUUUUAUUUUAUUUAAAAUAUAA